ACAGAGACAAGAGAAGAUCAUUCCACAACACAAUUGCAGUUGCAUUGUUCUGCGAAUCAAAGGCAACGCACAAGGAAUAUAGGAAUCAUCAUACUCAGUAUCACUUGUCAAUUAGAUUUCUGUGUAAUUACUGAGUAGUUCCAGGAGCAGAGAGUGGUUUUUUCAACAAGAAUGGCAAUUCCUCUUCAUUGCAAUCACCUCUGAUGAUCAAUGUCGACAACAAUACCGACCUCAUAAGUAAUCUUUAUUUAGAAAAACAAAAUUUGUAGUUACUUGUUCACUCUCUCUUUGUUUGUCUUCUUCUUCUUCUUCAUUUUCAUUUUUUUAAUCAGAAGUGAACGAAGUCAGUUGCAGGACCUCAGCAGGUAUCCGUCAUUGAACAAGGCUGCACCGGGAGUCUGGGACCGGCAGCAGAAUUUUCAAGAAAAACCCAGAAGCAACCAUGGCAAGAACCACUCUCCAUGCUGCUCAUGCGACAGGUGAGAGAAAUGACUUUGUGGAGAGGAUGUCAGAGCCAUUGGCUGUGACCGAUGAACACGAUAUAACGGCUCUUACCUUACCAUUGCUUCUACGGUUGACAACACGGCAACUACCAGAUUUCUGGUGGAUAAAAAGACAAGACUCACAUCAUCUUUUGUGACUGGGAUGAAGGGUUGCCUACCCACAUGGCUGCUCAAACAGGCCGCAUGCAUGGAGAUGCUUUUGUAGUUUCUGGUGAAUACCAGAGCUUCUAUUGUUGACAAUGAUUUAUAUAUUACUUUUUUUAUUAGUUCUUCUGAUCUACUCAUCCUCUAAUGUUUUGGGUCCCUCUUUUAGUUGGUUUCUUCAAUCCAUCAGGUGUCUUUCGAUGUCUCAAGCCAUUCCAAUAGGGUAGAAGAGAUAUCGAGAAUUCUGC